AGUAGCGGCAACGGCGGCGUAAAGGGAACCGCCUCUUUCCUACUCAAAAGCAAUCUCAUUCCGAAGACCAGCUUCAUUUCUCUCCCUCCCGCGAAAACCUUUUUUUUUUCUCGAAAGAUUUCAAAUCGUCGCUAACAUAUCCAGGUUUAGAUUGCGAAUGGCUAAAGUUAGCAAAGUCCAAAAGUCUGGUUCUCUUCAUAAAAGAGUGAAUUCUUAUCUAUUGCCCUCUUAUCCUAAGAAGGCCGGCAAAGGUUCUCUAAAGGAAAAAUGUUUGAAAACUUCGGGGAAGAAAGAUUGGGAAGCUGCAAAAUGUUUGGUUUGUUUGGAGUUCCCGCACAAUGCUGUUCUCCUCCUUUGCUCGUCUUACGAUAAGGGUUGCCGCCCUUACAUGUGUGCGACUAGCAAGCGCUUUUCCAAUUGUCUGAAGCAAUACAAGAAAGCCUACACUAAAGUUGCUUCAGUUGACUCGAUGGAUAAUUCAAGUAUUAUUUCUGGUGUGAGGAAGCCCAUUGAAAAUAUUGAAGUUCCAGAGCUUCUAUGCCCGCUCUGCCGGGGACAGGUUAAGGGCUGGACAGUGGUAGAACCUGUACGGAAAUAUCUCAACCGGAAAAAAAGGGCAUGUAUGCAGGACAAGUGCUCAUUUGUUGGAACUUACAAAGAGCUUAAGAAACAUGUCAGGGAAAUGCACCCGCUAGCACGACCUCGAGAAGUGGAUCCUGUGCUUGAAGAACAAUGGAAAAAGCUGGAAAACGAGAGAGAGCAGAAUGAUGUGAUCAGUACAAUUAUGUCGUCAAUGCCAGGAGCAAUGGUGUUGGGGGAUUAUGUGAUUGAUCCGGGUUAUCAUGGUAUCUACAGAGAUGAAUAUGAUUCAGAUGAUUCUUUUGAUGAUUUUAUUCAUCUAGAUUCAUCCGUUCGCUUACGGGGUAGAUUCAUGGACUGUGACCUAUUUGAUGAUGAUGGCUUUGGGAUGCGACAUGCUUUCCGUGCUGUUUCCCCAGUAACCCGCACUUGGCCUACUCGCUUGUUGGGAACAGCGGGACUAAGACGAGGACGUAAUAGAAGACGAUAAUUUCUGUGUCUGCCAAUCACAUGAUGGAAUUUAUACUUUCGUAUCAGGUAAAAUGAACAGAUCGUAGGAGAGUCCAACAUCGGUAUCAUAUGUUAGUUGUGGAGGCAAACUGAAGGUAUUUUAGCUUUAAAUUCCCUCCGUCAUACGUAGCUGGUACCAUUUCUUCCUUAAGCUGUCAUUUGACGGCAGCAGACAUUAGAACAUUCUUUCUGAAUUCUUUGCUUUA